AGUCAAUGAAGGAGGGCUAGACCCAAGAUAUUCAGGAAAAACAGAAAUUCCAAUCCAAAGAAAGACCAAUAAAAACAGUUUUUUAUUUUUCCAAUGGUUCCUUCGUGCAAAGUGAAUGGGAUGGAUCAGAGGUGAAAUAUUUGUUUUAUGUGUGUACGAUUUCAACACAAAAUGCAAUUCCAUGUUUUUUCCUUUGCCUCCAGAGACUGUGCUGUGUCCAUUUGCAGGCACUGAGCAUGGAACCACUGGCAACAGGUAUCACACUGAAUUAGUCAAAGGAAAAAUGGGACACUGUUGCAAGAUAAGACAAUUUCAGUCAAACAUCUGACCAUAAAAAGUAUUCUUACUUCUUGAGAAACAAACUCAGCAGACUCCCUACAGAGCAAAGAGAAUGUUUUAUUGUGAAACUUCAACAAACAGGCACAGUGGGAAUAAUUGGGUCCAGUUCCAUUAAGAAGAACAUCAGUGUAAACUAUCACUUGGAUUCGUAAAAUAAAACUUGCACCAGAUUAAACAUGAGGAAGAAGUUCGGUCUUCAUAAAGAACACAUAUCAACAAACACAGGUAGGCUAUAUGUGUCUUUUAGGACCUUCACUUUGCUCUAGGGCCAUGGUUACCUUAUUUACUCUAGUUCAGGCGCAUCAAAAAACAAACAGCGGCUCACUUAAGACAGAUGGAUAACUUUAUUAAUCCCAGAGGGGAAAUUAGGUCAUCAUAGCAGCAGGCACAUUCAAGGCCAAAUAAAAUCAAAGUGUUAGCGCAAAUAUAGAAACAAUAAAGUAAUAUUGUUUCUUUACUUGAUUUUUGUUUUUGUUUUACCUUAGUUUUCUCAGUGGCUUGACAAACUGAAGCUGUUGUUGGCUUGGUUAGCCAUUCAUAUAGCUGUAUGCACUGGGAGUUUGGUACACCAGAGGAGUGUUUGUGUUUCCUUGUUAGCAGAGGAGUUUUGGACUGGGAUGGGCUGGAGCUAAUUGACACAAAUCACAGACAUCAUAAGUUACAAACCGUUAUUUCUUCAUAAUCUGUUGUUGAUUUAAAUUCAUUCUUUAAACGUUUUCAUGUAGAAUUCUUACAUACUGCACCUUUAAAGACAGUCAUUUCAUAUAUUGCCCGUACAGCCGGGAUACGCCUGAUGAAAAACCAGGUGCACCCGGCCGUAGAGCCCCGCCCAUUCCGUUACCAUCACAGCUACUAGCAAAACGCAGCUAGCUGUUAGCUCGCCACUGUUAUGGCGUUGGGAACCAGUCCACCCUGAAAGGUUUGGUCACAUUAAAUAUUAAACUUAAACGCUAUCGGGAAACUGGAGAGACGGGACUUAAAUUCAGGAUGUGCUCAGUCGUCGGGUGUGAUUCAUGGCGUCGCAGUGCGCAGCGGUUCAAGUUACCGGAGGAUCCGGAGAGCAGGCUGGAGUGGGUCCAGUUCCUGUUCGAAGUCAACGGUCAGCGGCUGAAGGAGUCGUCCUGGACCGACAUCACCAUCUGCACUGAGCACUUCACUGACGACUGUUUUAUAAACGUGACUCCGGAGACUGGCACGGUCCGGCUGAAGUUUGACGCUGUCCCGUCACUGUGCAUCAAGUCAGAGCCAGAGGAGCCUCUGGAGAGCCCACAUGUGGAGCUUGAUCAAACUACAGACGUUGCUUAUCAGUGGGACGCCAGUCCUGAAUCAAGUGCAGUGUUGCAUUCUCCGGAUGUUUCAAAUGCGCCUGGUUUUGACCAGUCGCAGCGAAAAAUCUUGCUUGAUCUGAACAAGGAAAGGGCCGCGCUCCUGCAGAUGAAAGGAAAGAUUUCCGUGAAUGAAAGCUGCCUCUUCCAGCUGUUUCGCCGCAAGUGCCCGUCGUGCGGCUUCAAACUUCAGAUGGAGAAGGUCACCUGUGGGCUGCUCAUCGUCUUGAACCUGCGGUGCCUUAAGUGUGACUACAGCUUCCAGUGGAAAAGCCAGGUCAACGCCAUUGUCCCAGCUGCUGCAGAUCAACCGGAAAUGCGAACAGAUGACGACCCCAGUAGCACAGUUUUCUCUGAGAUUGUUACAUUUAGUGACGAAGAGAGUGUUCCCUCGGAGGAAGGCGAGGAGGGCGAUGACGGUAGGGUGAGCUCGGACGGCGAAUGGUGUCCAACGGAGGGAAUUCUGCUGGCUGAAGAGCUCACAAAGGAGUUUGAAGAAGACAGUGAAGAUGAGAGUGAGGGAGACGAAGAAGAGGAGCUGGAUUCCGCGGGAGGCCUCAAAAUCAACGAGCUCUGCACAGAGUGCGGACGCUUCUUCACCAUCCAGAAGCCUCACACGUGUGAGCACAAAAUAAAGCCCUAUUCCUGCAACAUAUGUGGCAAAAGAUGCGUCACCCAAAUUUCUCUGCAGGUUCACAGCAGAAUCCACGACGAAACCUACGAGCAUCCUUGCAAAUACUGCCACAUUACCUUCAAAACAAGGUUGGACAAAUGUAAACACGAGCAGACGCAUCAGGGCUGCAAAGAUCCGUACAAAUGCCCGGACUGUCCAAAGGCGUUCGCGACCCGUAAGCAGCGCAGCGUCCACCUGGCAGGUCACAGAGCCCCGACGGAGUUCAAAUGCGGAGUUUGCGAGAUUGAAUUCAAAGACGUGCAUCACCUUCGGAGACACUCGGUGGUGCACACGGGGCUCAAACCGUACAAGUGCUCGGUGUGCGAGCGCGGCUUCAACCAGUCGAGCCACCUCAAAUCACACCUGCGCCUGCACACGGGGGAGAGGCCGUACAAGUGUCCGCACUGCGACUACAGAUUCAACCACAACGUCAGCCUGAAGAGUCACCUCCAGCGCUACCACUCGUCGAGCUCUGGAGGUGCACGGAAGAAGGGAAAGACGAAAGACAAGGCGAGCGACAGUGGUGACGCCAAGGAGAAUGAGAAUAUGAAAGGCACAGAUUCUGAGUUUGACAAUGUAGAUGAAGAACAAGACACAGAGGAGGAGGUGCAGAAGGAGGUGCAGAAGGAAGGGACUGAUGCACCGAAAAGUAAAAAGAGGAGCACAGGUAGACCCAGAGGAAGACCGAAGAGGAACGCAGCGGGAAAAUUGAUUCCUGCAGGGGAAAAAACAGGCCGGGGUUCAAACUCCAAGACCGGAAAACCGCAGAAGAAGAGAAAAGGUUCCAGUGAACAGGAGAGCGAGGACGAGCAAUCAGACAGUGAAGUGUCCUUCGUCUCAGCUGAAGAGGAAGAAGAAGAAGAGAUGGAGACGGCGAAGAAGAGCACGGGGAGGACAAAAGCAAGAGCAAAAAACAACAGUGACUCUGAUUUUGACCCAGGAGAGGAAACAAAGAGAAAGAAGAGCGCAGGGAAACGUCGAGGCCGACCGAAGAAGAAUCCAGAGGUCUGAAAAACUUCAAAAACUCUUUUACUGUGAAAGGUGCACUAUGUAGUUUUGAAAAAAAAAAACAAACAAACUCAGAAGUAUUUAUUUUCUUGAACUGUUUGAAGCCAGAGAGGUGGCUACUUGAGGAAGGCCAGCAGUUAUAAACAAAGUAAAGUUUAUUAUUAUUAUUAUUAAAUAGAAUCAUAAAAUACCAAUGAUUAAAUGAUUAAAAUUUCUUCUCAAACUACAAAGUGCACCGUUAAAAAUUGAAGUUUGGUUUUCAAACUAAUCCUUCUUGGACGGAUUAACGUAGUUACAUUUUUAGUCCGAAUUCCUUUGCAAGAUAAACAGCCUCGCUCACUUUCACCUCCGAUCAUUUGAUGACACUAAGUUGAGUCGACAUGCAGUUUUGGAGGAUCGGUCAGUAAAGCUUGGGAAUGAGUUCGGGAAAUGUUCUGGAUUCAUAUCUUGUAAUAAUAAUGACAGUUUCAAGCUAAAAACAACAUGAUUCACUACAAGCUGCAUUUUACUGUUUGUAACUUCAGUGAUUUAUCAGUCUGUCAGGAAAUCUAAGAACUUAAACUGCACUUCAUUUCUUAUAUGCCUUGUCCUAUAAAUCACCGUUACACAACAGACUCGAUCAGUGUUAUUGUUCCUUUUUGCACAAUGUCCCCAACCCUAUAAAAACAUCCUGCGUACUUGUUUGCUAUAACCACUUGAUUGUAAAUAAAAAACUGUGAGUUCUCCUCUGAAGCCUGAGCUUCAGAGUGUCCUCAGAGAAUUACGAAAGAAUA